AAAAAACGUCAAAAUGCACAAAAAGACUCUCAUCUUGGGCGUUGCUUUAUUGCUCUUCGCCUUGUUCGCUGUUGUAGCAAGAGCUGCCGAAGAACCAGAAUUCGAAAUGACAGAUGCCCUCGACAGAUUAACUUCUGGCAUGGAUUGUGCCAAUGAAGAAGAAGCUUUGGCUGAUUCCUUGGUUGAAUCUUUCAUCAGAUCAUCAGGUGGUAGAAGCAGUGGUGGUUCCAGAGGUGGUUCCAGAGGUGGUUCUAGAGGAAGCUCCAGAGGAUCAUCAAGAGGAGGUUCCAGAGGUGGUUCCAGAGGAUCAUCAUCUAGAGGAUCAUCAAGAGGUGGUGGUAGAAGAGGAUCAUCUUCUUCAUCAAGAGGUAAUGGAAGAAGAGGUGCUUCUUCAUCAUCAAGAGGUAAUGGUAGAAGAUCCAAUGCUAAUUCUGGUGGUGGAAGAAGAGGUGGAAACACUAGAGGAGGAAACAGAAGAGGAGGAAAUACUAGAGGUGGAAACAGAGGUGGAAACAGAAGAGGUGGAAAUACUAGAGGAGGUAAUAGAAGAGGUGGAAAUACUAGAGGACCAUCUAGAACUAGACCAUCUACUAGACCAACCAGACCAUCAACCAGACCAACUACAAGACCAACAACUAGACCAACUACUAGACCAACUGCUCCAGUAGCUGCUAGACCAACUGUCAAUACUCCUGCUGGUCCAGUCGGUUCAAAGAUUGCUGCUGCCAUUUCUUCUAGAUAUGGAAAUGUUGCCAAGCCAGGUGGUUAUUGUGCUAGAGCUGUCAGAACUGCUGUUGAAGCUGCUACUGGCAAGACCAUUCAAAGAACUACCAGUGCUAAGGAUUAUGGUCCAAGUCUUGAAAAGGCUGGAUUCAAGAAGGUUUCUGGUCCACCAAAGGUUGGUGAUGUUGCCAUCUUUGGAUCUGUUCCUGGACAUCCUCACGGACAUAUGCAAGUAUACACUGAAAAGGGAUGGGUCAGUGAUUUCAAACAAAGAGAUCAAUUCCCAGGUCAAGCUUACAGAAGUAGAAAUGCUCAAAUGACAACUUACAGAUCUGAAUAAAUUUUUUGUCAUUUUGUCC